AUAAUUCAAGGAGAAGCAGUCUGCAAAAUCAUCUCAAAAUAAAAUGAAGCAUUUUGUGGAUAUCCAUUUUCUUGAAGAUUUCUUGGUUAUAGAAAAGCACUACGAUGCUCGAAACCAACCUUUGCGCGAUUCUAUUCCGGUCAGCCUACAGAACAUUAAGGAGCAAAAUAACAGCGGACUGUAUGAACCAUCUUAUAGCUCUGGUUUUCUAGAUUUUCCCGAUCUGAGUCAACCACUGCCGAAUGUUUCCAUUCGCGAGCAACUGCGUCUGACGUCAGUGAACCGCAGAAAAGUCCUCGAUUGGCAGCGCAAUCACCAAAAACGUCUCGAGGAAAUUUGGCACUCUCAAUCUUCUGGAGAUCCAAAUAGAGACCUGAGUCUAGUUGAGACUAAGUGUGUUAGUCCUGAAAAUAUAUUUUUCCAGUAGGAAGAGCCACUUUCCAACCCUGAAAACGUUGAUUGAUGGCCAUGA